AUGACGGAAAAUACUUCAGUAAGAAGAAGAUAUGAAAAAAGUUUUACGGAAAGACCUGGUUUCACAGAAGAUGAAAUUGAAGAAAUAAGAGAAGCUUUUAAUUUAUUAGAUACUGAUGGAACUGGUACAAUAGAUCCCAAAGAAAUAAAAUGUGCUAUGCAAAGUUUAGGUUUAGAUGUAAAAAAUCCAAUGAUAUUUAGAAUGAUAGCAGAUUUAGAAAAAGACGGUUAUUCAACAAUUGAUUUUGAAGAGUUUAUGGAAGUUAUAACAUCAAAAUUAGGAAAUAAAGACACUAGAGAAGGUAUUCAAAGAAUAUUUAAUUUAUUUGAUGAUGAUAAAACAGGCACCAUUUCAUUAAAAAAUUUAAAAAGAGUUGCAAAAGAAUUAGGAGAAACAUUGACUGAUGAAGAAUUAAGAGACAUGAUAGAUCGUGCUGAUUCUAAAGGUGAAGGAGAAAUUUCUUUUGAAGACUUUUAUACAAUAAUGACAAAAAAAAAUUUUUUGUAA